GGGUACCGGACCUUGCAAAACGAAUACGCCCAUUGGUGAGCUGUCACUUUUUGAGGAUGCAAGCUGCUAUCAGCUAACCACAAUUGUCACCAGUGGCGGUUAGUAAAAUUUACCAGACUGGGCACCCGAACCUAGAUAAACGUUGGUCUUUACAAAACCGCCCACUGUUUGGAGGCGAAAAAAAGUAAGAGGCACUAGGAGGCAGCUGUCGAAAGGCUAGCUAUCGUAAGCUAACAAUAUAUAGUAGCUAGCUUGCCAUGUUGUUGUUACUGGGGAAAUGAAAGGGAUUCUCUCUUUCUUCACUUGCGAGAAAUGUGGAUCAAUUGUCAACAGUACAAGGUCACUUUGAUAGCUAGCUUUCUAAUGUUGUAGGUUAUAAGAUAUAGGUAGCUAGCUAGAGCUAGCUCACCAUGACUCGCUCUUCCUAACGCGCCCGGAGAGAAUACAGUCAGUGUGACAACAACGGAGGCUAACGUUCGCUACCUGGGUACAACGGGAAAAGUCCAGCGUCUUUGACAUAUGACGGUACCACUCAGCUGGAGAGAUGUACUCACCAUCUAGAAAGGACUUCAUCGCGUUGACCCUCAGUGACCAACACAGCCGCAGCUACAACAACGGAAAGCACCGCCGCCAGUCCUGCUGGAGGAAGUGGAAGCAGCUGUCUCGGCUGCAGCGCAGUCUCAUCCUCUUCCUGCUAGCUCUGCUGCUGAUAUUUGGACUUCUCUUCUACCCAAGCUUCUCAGAGCAAUGGGGAGGCAUGUCGGACAAGGCGGUAAGGGAGGACUGGGAUGAAGACUGGGAAAGAGGCCUGAAACCCAUCCCGCCAGGGGUAAACCCUGUGGCUGGCCCAGCUGGAGGUCCGGCUGUGGGCCUGGCUGGUGUAGCAGUCGGCCCAGAGUUGGACCCAGGGUUGGGUCUAGCUGCGGCUCCAGGACUCAUACCAGAGGUCAUUCCAGAACCCCGGAGGCCAAAGGUCCCCUCUAUACCCAAACCUCCAGCCAAGAAGAGACCAUUCCCCAACAAGAGAGGCCCUCCAAGCCUGCAGAAGGAGCGGAAUGUAUCAGAUUCACUGGUAAAACCAGCUGAGAAAGUGCCAGUGGAGAAAGCUGAAGAGAAGGAGGGAGAGAAGCCUCUUGUCAGCUGGCGAGGAGCCAUGAUUGAGGCUGACGAGGCUACAGAACCCCCACCCUCUGCCCAUGAGAAGGAUGCCCCUGUGCCAGUCAACCCUGAGGACACAGCCCCACUGGCACCAGUUUCGGUGAAGCCUGUGGACAGGCUGGAGAUGGUGCGAGAGGCCUUUAGGCAUGCCUGGAAGGGCUAUAAGGAGUUUGCCUGGGGUCAUGAUGAGCUCAAGCCUGUGUCUAAGUCCUACGGGGAGUGGUUUGGCCUGGGCCUGACUAUCAUUGAUGCUCUGGACACAAUGUGGAUCCUGGGACUGAAAGAAGAGUUUGAGGAGGCGAGGAAGUGGGUGGAGACUGAGUUGUCAUUCUCUAAGAAUGUGGACGUGAACCUGUUUGAGAGCACCAUCCGGAUCCUGGGAGGCCUGCUAAGCACCUACCACCUGACUGGCGAUGAGAUGUUCCUGGAGAAGGCUAAAGAUAUUGGCUUGAGGUUGAUGCCUGCUUUCAAAACCCCCUCCAAGAUCCCCUUCUCUGAUGUGAACAUUGGGAAGGGCACGGCCCACCCCCCUCGCUGGACGUCCGACAGCACCCUGGCCGAGGUCACCAGUGUCCAGCUGGAGUUCAGAGAGCUCAGCCGCCUCACCCACGACCCGCAGUACCAGGAGGUGGUGAAUGAGGUGAUGAGGCUGGUCCAUAAGCUGCCAGGGAAGCAUGACGGCCUGGUGCCCAUGUUCAUCAACACCAACAGCGGCCAGUUCACCCACAAAGGAGUCUUCACCCUGGGGGCCCGGGCUGACAGCUACUAUGAGUACCUGCUCAAACAGUGGAUCCAGGGAGGCAAGACAGAACCAGAUCUGUUGGAGGACUACCUGGAGGCGAUAGAGGGAGUCAAGAAGCACCUGCUGAGAACCAGUGGCCCCAGAAAGCUGACCUUCGUAGGGGAGCUCAACCACAAUCGCUUCAACCCCAAGAUGGACCACCUGGUGUGUUUCCUGCCUGGCACGCUUGCGCUGGGUGCCCACAAUGGGCUGCCGGAGGAUCACAUGGAGCUGGCCCUGCAGCUGAUGGAGACGUGCCACCAGAUGUACAUCCAGAUGGAGACGGGCCUGAGCCCCGAGAUCGUCCACUUCAACCUGCAGCCCUACGACGGGCGAGACGUCGACGUCAAGCCUGCAGACAGACACAACCUCCUGAGACCAGAGACCGUGGAGAGUCUGUUCUACCUGUACAGGUUCACUAAGGACGCCAAAUACAGAGACUGGGGCUGGGACAUUCUAGAGAGCUUCAACAAAUAUACCAGGGUGCCAAGUGGAGGCUACACUUCCAUCAGUAAUGUGCGCGACCCCGUGAACCCGGGUCCGAGGGACAAGAUGGAGAGCUUCUUCCUGGGGGAGACGCUCAAGUACUUCUACCUGCUGUUUUCAGACGACCUGGAGCUGCUCAGCCUGGACAAGUACGUGUUCAACACAGAGGCCCACCCACUACCCAUCUGGCAAUUGCCCCCUGUCUGAGACAGGAGGUGAUGUCAUAGAGAAGUAGCCUACCAUGAGAUCCCAGGAUUUGAACUUCCUAGCUGUUGCCUUCUCAAGGGAUCCAGCUUGACUCACUGUGCACAGUAGAAGACAAACUUGUCAAUGGGUUUUCAAGUGGAGAGGUUUUCCUUGGGUGGGGUUGGGGGCGGGGCAUAGAGCUGGCCUCUUGUACAAAGCUUUUGUAGUUUGGAGUAGACACACUUGAGAAUCUUGAUGGCUUGUUGUUCAGUUUAAAAGAAACAAGAAGAGCGAUGGUCUACAGAUCAGCUCAAUGGAAACUAGACUGAGACUCCCCCAGGUGCCAGUUUGAUUAUUUUCUAACACUAAAAGUAGUAUAAUCCUCUCCCCUCCCCGACCGGCUGACGAUGGAUAUGUAAUAAGGUGGAAGUACCAGAUGAUUAUGCUUUCCCAUUGAUUUGUCCCAUACAUUUAUGUUAGAGGAUUGUUUACCCUGAAGGGAGUACUGAAUACAUGGGUUGCAUUGUUGAGAGCCUUUAAUGGGAGGUGAAACACUCCUAACCCAUAGGUCUUUCAGGAGUUCCUCUCCUUGAGAGCCAUUACCACAGAAAUAGAAUGAGUAGAAUGGGCGUCACCAUUUACAUCAGGUAAUCCAUAAUGGUUGGACUGGCGGCCAUUUUGUGUGUUCAUUCUAUUUCUAUGAGCCUUACACCACUAGUUACUACUGUCGAUGUGGAGGACCAAUUGAAGUAGCCUAUAGUACCGUGACUGUUGAAGCUCCUGUGGUGAAAAAAUGCUUUGCACUUUCAUCUCUAAAAUGUAAGGAUUUGUCUUUUUGUAUAUUUAAGUGACGUGGGAGUAGAUUUGAGUAGUGAUGCAUGCAGGUGAUUCUGCGUGCUUUAGCUGAAUAGACAAAAACCAACACUGAUGGCCUAUGAAUGAAAUGCCAUUAAUCAUUAUUGCACAUGGGACCACAGCCCACAAUGAAAUUUUUUUUAUUUUUAAAAUUGUAUUUAUUGAUUUGUUUUUGUGUUUUUCGUGAUGACUUAUAACAAGUCUAACCCUCCUGUUUCAUGGGAUUGUAUGAAGGGUAAUUGGGAACGUAAUCGAGGUAAUGAAGUAAUGGCACGUUUGUAUACUUUUAAAUGUGAUUUCUCCAAUGCAGACAAGUUGUGUAAAUAACUCAAUAUUGCUGUGUUAUGAGAAUUUCAUGCAUAUUUCAUUUGGGACCAUGUGUCUGUGUAUUCGUCUCAUCGUGAGGGAGUUAAGGUUUAUGCAAUCGACUUGUAGGAAGUCUCUCAUGACUGAACUGCGACAUUUUGGGUUCUAGAUUAAUCGACUUGCCACAGCCUAAUUAGUGUGCUGCCACUGAGAAUUCUCAUGUUUGGGUUCUGGGUAGAAUAUAUUCUUGUUUGCUUGAAUUAAAUCUGUUACAAAGCCAGACUCCUUAUCAGUCAGAAUUAAUACCAGAAUGAAUGAAUAUAGACUAGUAAGAGUCUGAGAAGGGUUCUUGUUUUCUUGAGGUGUUGGCGACAUUAGGCUGAUGGCUAGUUAAGCAUACCUACAGAGAUCUCAAUCAUGAAUGGUUGUUUCUCCCGAUUUUAUGCCGUGCCUGCUGAAGAUGUCCAGGGUAGACACUGAGUGUACAAAACAUUAGGAAAGCCUUCCUAAUAAAGUCGUGCCCCCUUUUGUCUUCCGAA